GCGAUGAAAUUAAGGAAAUUAAACAAUCUUUUGUUAAUACCACUCCUACUGGAAUGGCAAAUUCUAAUAUUUCUGAACAGGAAAAUGAUGAUCGAUGUUCUAGAGUUGCCGGGGGUAACAGAUCACAUAAGAAAAAAGGAAUGGAUGAACUCAAGCACAAAUUAUUCAAUUCCCCUUUGGAAUCAGAUAGUCCAUCCUCUAUAAACCAUAAUAAUGCGACUGAAAUUUUCGGGACGGGCCGUCUCGGAAAAGUUAUCUAUGACAACAUUGAUGAAGCUUCACAACAUCUAGCUCAAUUAUGUGAUAAAGCUAUCGAUGCUGAAGAUAGAGCAAAUCGAGCUAACCAGGAAGAAAUUCUAUAUUGGUGCCUCUACUGGAAGGAUUUCAGAAAUCAGCUUGAUGAGAUUAUCAGAAGCGGUGGUGGUAAAAUUGGUGAAAAGAAGGCACAAAGUAUACUUUAUGAUACCAUCACAGAACAGCUUUCUAUCCUCCGCAAGAAAAGAUCACAAGAAUUGGGGCUACAACUUCAGGAC